AAUAGACCAAGGAAUAAAGAAAGUGUAAGAAAGCAAUAAAAUAUACAUGAAUAUAGAAAAUGCAAUUGGUGAAGAGUACACGUUGUUCCACUUUUCUUGGCUGAAGAAGAAAAAAAAAAAGUGAAUAAUUGAGAAAAGACGUUAUACCUUCCCCAUCCACAUUUUUCUUGCUUAACUGCAGAACAACACCAAAUUCGACCCAAUCAAGUUUUGAUUCGUGUCUACAGAGAAAGAGUCUGAAUUGUUCUGUCCCUGGCUUUUUUUUGUUUCGUUUUUCUUGUUAAGAUCGAAAACUCUGUUCACAGCAGAUUUUUGUGUUCUUGAUUUGAUUCAAGAUGGGGAGGCUGUUUGUGGUUAAUCUUGAAGGGAAGAUCUAUAGCUGCAAACACUGUAAGACUCAUCUUGCUACUUAUGAAGACAUCAUCUCCAAGUCUUUUCACUGCAAGCAUGGGAAGGCUUAUCUCUUCAAUAAGGUUGCCAAUGUUUCAAUUGGAGAGACUGAAGAAAGACUGAUGAUGACUGGAAAACAUACUGUGGCUGACAUUUUCUGUGUCUCGUGUGGAUCAAUCGUUGGCUGGAGAUACGAGACUGCUCAUGAGAAGAAUCAGAAGUACAAGGAAGGAAAAUCUGUUCUUGAAAGAUUUAAGAUAUCGGGUCCUGAUGGGAGCAACUAUUGGGUGAGUAGUCAUGGAAGGCAUAUUGGUGGAAGUGAUGCAGAUGAUGCUUGAAUCAUCUCUCUCUGAUUUGACCAUUUCCUGUAAAUUUAAAUUAUUCAACCUCCAAUUCCAAUUUGCUGUAAUAAGACUAACCAAUACUCUUUCUUAUCUUGACUUAUGAUCUCUCAGUAAAUAAAGUGAUUCUGUA